UCUGGUCUGUCUGUGUGUCAGACCUGAUGACCCUGGGUGGGUUGGAUCUGUGUAUGUCGCAGUGCUUGAACCAUCCUCAGGGCAGCGUGAGGUGGCGUGGUGCCCAGCUCAUCGCCUCCUGUGCCCAGAACAUGCCCCAAGUGCAGUGCCACUUACUCAGCAAGGGGGCGCUACCCAAACUGCUACAGCUGACCGACUCAGAUCCCCACCCCACCGUUCGAGUGAAGGCCCUCUACGCUGUCUCCUGUCUGGUGCGGGAGCAGGAAGUAGGUCUCCGGGCCUUCCUCUCUCACGAUGGCUUCUCUGUGCUGAUGAGAGGCAUGCAGUCUGACAACGAGAAACUGAGGACCAAGUCGUCUUUCUUACUCCUCAACCUGCUCACAGUCCACCCAGAGCAUAAAGAUACAGUUCUCUCCAUGGGUAUGGUGCAACAGCUGGUGUCCGUUCUACGCACGCCUCACUCCUCCUUCCACGAGCACGUGCUCGGCGCCCUCUGCUGCCUGGUGGAGAGUCCUCUGAGUCGAGGACUGAGCCCCACCUUGGGGCUGGAGGAGAUGCUCAGCCAGCGGGCUGAAGAUCUGCAGGGGAGAGAGGAGUGUCAGGAAGAGUUGGAGUUCUGCAAGCGCUUGCGUUCUGCUUGUUUCUGCAGACGGCAACCUGACGACAGUGGAAUGGAUCGCUGAAAUCCAACUGGUCCUCCACUUCUCC